AUGUCUAAUAAUAUUCUUCUCCUCGAAGGAACUCGUUUCCCCUCAUUUGACUUUUAUUUUUCCGAUUCGAUUGACAACAGGUUCAAAAUAAACAGUAAGCCCAUAUUCUUGAAUGUCGAUGACGAGACGAACCAAUUGACUUCUGAACAUCAUACAAUACGGACAUCGGAAAGUGUUUGGGAUGCUAGCUUGAUAUUGGCCAAAUAUCUUGAAAAGCAGGUUGAACAAGAGCAAUUGGAUAUCGUAGGAAAGAGAGUGAUUGAAUUGGGCGCCGGUAAAGCCCUGCCAUCCAUAGCAGCUAGUAUUCUCGGUGCCGAGCAAGUGAUCAUAACAGAUGCUCCCACUGUUGUCAAUAACAUUGAAAAUAUUGUAAGACUUAACCAAAUUUUUAAUGUACAAGUAAAGCCUCUCGAUUGGACUGACAGGGAUGAAUAUCUUCCAGAGGUGAAGGCGACGUUGACAUUUGACUAUAUCCUUGCGGCGGACGUUGUAUGGGUAGAGCACUUGAUUGAACCGUUAGCUGAGACAAUAAAUGCAUUAGCUACUCCUGAACACACGGUGCUUAUAAUGGCUCACCAUACGCGUGCAUUGAGAUCAGACAAGUUGUUCUUUGACAACUUGGUUAAAAAUGGAUGGAAGUUUGAAACUGUUGACCAACAGCAGCUCUGCUGGGAGGAAGGCUUUGUCGAUAGCAAGGUGGUAAUAUAUAAGGGUAUAAAAUGUUGA